AUGAUGUACAUUCUGGCACCGCCGAAAGUGUUCGCUGCACCGGAUGUAAAGCUUUCGGCCGAAGAAAGCCUCUACCCAGAGGUCGUGACAACUGUGAAUGAAGACAUGGAUGUCCAGAGGGUCGUACGCAACGACAGGUUGCGGCCGUCCCUCGCUAUGUCUCGCGACGACGACCGGGAGGACUUUCCUUCCGCAGAGCCGCCCCGAGACGGGUCCUGCUUGAACAUCGCUACGUUCAUAAAUUUGGACCAUGAGCCAAUGAUUACAAGCUACAGGAAGAAAACAGGCGCACCUCCGCUCGGAGGUUAUGAGCCCAAGCCGGGCUUGAGCAUUAGAGUGUCGCCAUGGAUUUGGGUUCUCGAAGACGUAGAAGCAUCGCUGAAGGGUCAGAUGAGUCAAGGGCUGGGCAGGGAGAUGCAUCGCAUUUUCUGGCUUUACCUAACAACGAGACGUUGGAAGGGAGUACAGCGGCUAACCCAUUCUGGUCUGAAAGGGCUAGAGCGGAACACGCUCUUCAGCAAGCGCGUCCUCGAGAUCUUGAUGAAGCGGGCAAUGCUCGGGCAGGCAGCGCUGGCAGCAGUUCGACCGAACUGCGGACAACUCCAGUCGGUGCAGAUGAAGCAGUUACGGCUACGGCGGCGGUUUCGGCAGGUGCAGGAGAACCAGCAGCUGGAGCACCAGUUGCAUCAGGCGACGGCUGCAGCAGCUAAUCGUGAUCCGGCAUCCGGGCAGGAACCGCAGGGGGUAGGCUGGACUCCGGAGAGCGUCCCCUAUCUGGGUCGUUUCGUGCCGCCUGAGGAGAGGGCGAACUCUGAUUACCAAGCAGGUAUUGAGGAGGGCCUUCGGAUCCUGAAUCCGGUAGCGCAGUCAGCUGAGUGGUCCAACGCCACGGUGCAGGGCGCAAUGCAGGGUGAUUUUUGGGAUUCGGAUGCUUGCAUUGCAGUCUCGGAUUGGUUGACGCAGAUUCAACCGAUAAUGAGCGAUUUGUCGGAGCGUUGCUGGGCAUGGUGGCAAAGGGUUAUGGAAGUGGCACAGAGGGCUUAUGUAAAGUGGCAGCAGGCGGGUCCUCUGGAGAAGUCUCUCAUUGUUUGCGAAACCCCUCCUGAUCUUCUGGAUCCCAGGCUGUCGCGCUUAGAAGCUCGUGCACUGGGUAUGAUUCUCGAAAGUUUGCCCUCUCGCAUAAAGGAUGAGCUGGUUGUGACCAAGGCUCUUACAAGCCCUAACGCGGUGUUUCGAAUCCUGCUAGCAUUUCAGCCGGGAGGUUUGGGAGAGCGACAGAAGCUAAUCUCCAAUUUACAGGAGACCCAGCAUCAGCUGGACUUCUGCCCUACGGUAACUUCGGUGACGGCUUAUGCUAGGCUUUUGCAAGCGGAAAUGGAAACGCUUGCCCUCUCUGGUGCGGAUUUGGAGGUAGAGGAACCUACAAAGCUAACCAAGAAACAGCGGGCAGCAGCAUUGCGUAAGGAGCAGGCGGCGAAUGCAAAAGCAGGGGCAAAGGGAGGCGGUGAUGCAGGAGCAACCGCCGGAAAUGAUUCCAACGCCACUGGUCAGGGUAAGGGAGGUCAGGGUGCUGGAAAAGGGGCACCCUCCGCUACCAAUGCAAAUGGGGAUAACACGGCUGGUGGAAAAGCUCCUUGCAAGUUUUAUGCUAUGAAGGGUGGCUGCAAGAUGGGGAGAACCUGUUGGUCGCACCAUGACUUCGGCAAAGCCUCUGCUGAGGGACGUUGCUUUACCUGCGGCUCCACGGAGCACAGGGCGGAUGCCUGCCAUAGGCCUCAAGGGAAGCGCGGAGCAAAGGGCGAGGAUGUGAGGCAAGUGACGGCUGAGGAGUCUGCCACAAAUGCUAGCUCUAGCUCUGGAGGUGCGGAUCCCAAGGUCGCAAAGGCUGCGGAAGCAUCGUCGCAAGACUUGCUUGCCGAGGCAGAGGGCACUCCGGAACAGAAUGAGGGAUCUUCAUCGGAAGUUUUGGAGAGCUUUUAUCUCACCAAGGUCGUCAAGGAUCCUCCUAAGGGAGCUCGUGGUUUGUUGGAUGGCGGGGCGACUAACUCGUUGCGUACCGCUAAGAGCCAAAGGGAAAUUGAUCAGUGCACGGUCACCCAAGUAUCCCUGGCAUUGGGUCAUGCUGACUUGUUGCUUACUCCUGUAGGCACGCUCGUCUCUUCGGAGCCAGUCGCUCCAAUUGUUCCCAUGGGAGUGCUAGCCGCGGAACUUGGAUGUAAGAUUUCAUGGGAGGGAGAACUUUGCCAGGUAAUCCAUCCGAAACGUGGUAAGUUGCCCAUCGUUAUGGUAAACCGCUGUCCUGAGCUUUGUGCUAAGUUCACUGAAGAGCUUAUUGCUGAGAUUGAGAACAAGAGGGCUUUGGUGAUGCAGCGGGCGCUGAGGCUGAGGGCCUUAGCGAUUGGGGUUGGUGAAAAGGGGACAGAUGAACCUGCCUCCGUAGAUGCCAUGUUGGAAUGGUUGCGCAAGCUGAGUCCGGAUUGUCCUGAGAGUAUCCUGGCUAGGGUUCCCCCGGUUUGGAAGGGCCAUCUUGUAGGUGAGGACAUUCCUUUCAAUCGAAGGAUCCGCCGGGCGGUUCAGAGGGCAGAUAAAGUCGUCAUACACCUGUUCUCCGGAAAGACCAAGGCGCAGGAUUUUGGUCAAUGGCCCAGCUCCGUGUACGUUCUUUCUGUAGAUCUUGAACAAGGAUUGGACAUCCUGUCGGAGGGAUUGUAUCAGUACCUGUUGGAACUGUGCAGUUCGGGAAAAGUGGUUGCCAUUGUUGGGGAUGAAAACUCUGAUCAUCCUAUCCCGGCGGAGUGGACGGAUGAUGACGUGGAAGGGCCGGUUCCUGCUGAUGCUGAGGACCCUUUUCAGCUUGAUGAGCCUCUGAAAGAGGAUGAUGCUUUGGAUCUAGAUCCCGAUUGGGAAAAGAGGGCUCAGCAAUGGAAUGAUAGAUGGAAGGCCACAAUCGAAACUCUCACGGAGCCUGUGGAGGUCGUUCCUCUUGUGUUUGUGGAGCCCAUUUCAAGUAAGCGAGCUUCUGUCACUUUGCGCGGGUUGCAACGUAUUGCCAGCAUCUACUUUUGCAAGACGGCCCUCCCCAGCGAGAAGAAGUGGAAGGUACCUCAGUUCCUUGGCCUCUCCACGGGACGGUCAGAAUUCUUGGGCGGCUUUGAGGGUCACAUGGGAUAUGAGCGUUCGGAACAUUUGGUUCAGUGGGGUGAAAGUUGGGGUACUUUUCAGGGUGGAGAUGAUCAAGCCGUGUGGUUUGACUCGAGCAAACGACAUGCCGUGGAGGCGGCCGAAGGUGACCGCAUUGUGAUUGUGGCUUACACCCCAAGGUGCCUACACAAAUGCAAACCUCAGGAGAUUCAGAUGCUUCAAGAACUUGGGUUUCAGUUGCCUCCGGACGUUGUGAAUCAGCAUCAAGGUCCGAAGCUUGCUGCGCAAAUCGGCCAGGACCCGCAGUAUUUCGAUAUCAGUACAGACUCAGAGGAGGACUCCUCUGAGGGGGAGUGGGGAUGUACAGGGGAGCCGAAGGAUUUUGAUCAAAGAGUUGCUCGCUUGUCGCAUCUUGUGCGUGAAGAAGAGAAGGCGUUGAUUGAAGAGUUGGAACAGGGCCUUACCAGCGUCACACCAGGCUUGCUUGCUGAGUUGCAGGAAGACUUGAGGGUCGCCACUUUGUUGCAGGAACAGGAUAGUUGUGAGCUUGAGCUUGAGCGUGUCCGUUCCAAGUUUGCGUUGCAUAGGUUGGCGUCGGUUGAGCGUGAACUUGAACAUGCAUGGGGCGAGGCAGAAAAAACAGGCCUGCCCCAAGUGCGGGCGAUGAAGGUCCCUGUUGAUUCGUCGCAUGAGCUUGCUGGUGAACCUUCGUCGUUGUUGAGCGUGGGCGAUGGUCCCACCUUUGCGCUUGGUGAUAGCUUGGUUCCGGGGGAGCCCCCGGAGAAUCUGCAUCCUGAUUUUGGGCUUGAGACGUCAGAAGUUGUUGAGAAAGAGGCUUGUGCUGUUCCAGGCGCGCUCCUUCAAACGAGAAUUGUUUCCCAGGCUGAGGUCUGGAAAAAUCUGGAGCAAUGGAGGCAGCCGCUGACUGAUGAAGUCGUUGCUUUGAAGGACUUGCACAAGGCCGUCUGGGCUAUUGGUCCCGAGCAGCUCAAAAGGUUAGAGGAGCUUGCGGAGGUGUCGGUAAUUCCGGCCAAAGGAGUGUAUACCCAGAAGCCCAUAACCAAUAGACUCAGGGCCCGAAUAGUAGGGUGUGGAAAUUUUCUAGAGAGUGAUCCUCCUUCGGAAGAUGUUGCCAAGGGCCAUGUUAGAUCUCAGGACCUCUAUGCCGGGGGCGUUGAUGGGGUCAGUGUGAGGCUUCAAACGAGUGUCGCAGCCAUCAAGGGCUGGGGAAAUGCAAGCUUGGAUAUCAAGACCGCGUUUCUGGGUGCUCCGUUGUAUCAAGAUCGUCUCGGUCAGGCUGUGUUGUCUCCUGGGGAUUUGAGUUCCGGCAAUCUUGAUUUCGAGAUGUUGGUCAGGAAGCUUCAGAAAGCUCAGGGUGAAAAGGUUAAGAUUGUCGUUGUUACCCCCCCCAGGGUUCUUGUCAGUCUAGGUCUCAUUGAAGAGUCCGAGAAGUGGCUAGUGUUGAAAGCCUUAUACGGGCUUGCGGAGGCCCCUCGACGUUGGUCUUCGCAUCGAGACAUGUUGCUUCGCCAGCAUGUGUGGGAAGAAGGUGGUCGGCGCUUUUCAUUACAGCAAUGUGUGGCAGACAACAACUUGUGGAAGAUCGUUAGCGAGCCGCUAUCGGGGGGAGUUCAUGCGGGCGCAGGCCUGGAAACGGAAUCAGGUUCGGAGCCUAUGCUGCAUGGAUUGCUCGGCAUCUACGUCGACGACAUGCUCAUCAUAGCAGAAGAGUCGGUUAAGGAGAGAUUGGUGAAGGAGAUCCGGUCAAUUUGGUCUACCUCAGAACCAGAGUCCGCUGAAGAAGGCAAGCCUAUCCGUUUCUGUGGCUUCAACUUGCACAGACUAAAAGGGGGUGGUUACCUUCUUAAUCAGGAGGAUUAUGUUCAGGACUUGUUGCAGCGGUUCUCCGACAUUCAAGGAAUUUCCGAGGUCCCGUGCCUCAAAGAAGAAGAGCUCGAACCUGAAACCCCAAGCCCAAAGCAGCUGAAAAGAGCUCAGGCUCUCACCGGAGCCCUUCAGUGGAUCACAACCAGAACCCGCCCAGAUAUCUGUUUCGCUGUCAAUCGGACGGCGCAGCUCAUGUCUAGGUAUCCUCGGUAUGCUACCCGAUACGCCGAAAACAUCAUUCGCUACCUGAGAGGGACUCCGGCUUUGGGUUUGGUGUUCAGACCUCUUGAUGAUCAGAAUCGUUUCGGAAAAUGCGAGGAGUUGACGGCACCACGCUCUCCGGGUAUCCUUGAGGUAUUUGCGGACGCAUCUUUCGGGCCAGCAUCCGGGAAAUCCCAGACAGGAAUCAUUGCGGUCUUUUGUGGUUCAGUGAUUGCUUGGGCUAGUCAUAGACAAUCCACCACAGCGCAGAGCAGCGCCGAGGCGGAAAUGUACAGUAGCAUGGAUGGGGUCUUAAUGAUUGAGGUGCUAGAGGGUCUUGCUUCAGAGGUUGCUACGGUUCCUCUUCGGAAGCUGCUGUACAGUGACAGCAUGGGUUGUGUCAGCUUGUUUAGCGCCCCAGCCGGCGCCUGGCGGACCAGGCAUUUGAGGCUGAAGGCCAGGGCAGGCCGAGAAAAACUCGAGAGCCAAUUCUUCGAAAUGCGUCACUUAGCAGGUCGAUUUAUGCUCGCGGAUGUGGCAACAAAAGCGUUGCAAGGACAGAGACAUAGGGAGUUAGUGCAUCUGCUUGAAAUGAAGAGUCCGGCAAACUUGGUUGAAUCGGUUGAGGUUCGCAGGUUGCGCGGCGUAGGCGCGAUUGCAGACUUAAGCUGCAAGAGUAGUGCGGAGGUCCGUUGGGGUGCCAUGGGUGUCCGAGCGCUUGUGCUGGCUGUUGUCCUGUCGGUUGUGGCAUCAAAGUUGACCAUCAUCGUUGAAGAUCGUGGCGGUGAUGACGGAAUGGCCAAAAUAUUGUUUGCGGUCGGUGCGAUGAUGGCUGUCUUGGCAGUUGUCUUGAUGCGGCGCUCCUGUGUUGGAAGUUCUGCAGUGGAGACCGAGGAUCCUGUAACGGUGAGGUCAAUGGGACAUCGUGGUCAAAGUGACGAUGAAGAUGACCAAUGGCGCACUCAGAGUCCUGCGACGAAGGCUGUAAGGACUGAGGACUUGGCAUCCGGCUCAUGCUCGAGUGGGAUCUCUGGCAUGCGAGAAUCGGCAGCUCCUGACGACGUCUUAAAGAUCAGUAGGAUUUCUGGCGUGCGAGAAUCGGUAGCUCAAGAAGUGAAUCCAUUCCGUCCCGGGGUGCAAGAUUCGACAGCUCAACAUGUGGACUCGUCCCACUCUGGCGUGAGAGAAUCGGUAGCUCUUAGGAUGACUUCUGGCGUGAGAGAAUCGGAAGCUCCUGGCCACGGCAGUCGUUCAGGUGGGAAGCAGUAUCAGAUCCAUCCAACAUGGUUGUUCAACGCUCCACCGCGGCAGCAGUGGCCAGAUCCUCAUCCGUGGGCAGGAGUCCAAGGACAUUGGCAUCAAAGCAUUCCACCCCAUGUGCGCAAGGAUUCCUUUCUUUGGGAUCCUGAGAGAAGUGUACUCGUUCGUUUCCACGCAAAGGUGCGAACCUUCCGAUUCGAACCUCAAAGGGCAGUACUACCAGCAGAAGUUCCUCUCGUUCGGCUCACCGGGAAUCGGCGAACGUACGCCAUGUUCACAGAUGGAAGGCAGCUGAUCGAGGAGGACAGCUUUCUUCAGCCAUCCAGUUUGAGACUCUCUGGUGACUGGACAGGUCGCACGGAGUUCGAAGUGCGAAUGAGUCAGGCCUAA